UAUGCAGUUGUCUCAGCCCACAAUUCCAUUAAUCUGUGAUAAAAUACAGCAAAUUUUGGAACCAAAAGUUUCAGCGUUGCCUCAAAUCUUGACGAUUUGUUUGCUAUUUAUGUACAUAAACCACUAAUUUGUGGGUUUGCACUUCUGUGUUGCAUGAAAAAGCAGCCCACAUAAAUCAGUAUCUUUUGCAACAGCAACUGCUUUUGCAUCUUUCGAGUUACCAUGCAAAAUAUUCUGGUUUCCGCCUGUUUGUUGUUACAUCUUGGAGGGACUUCUACUUGCUUUUUGAAGUCUCAUAUAAUUCUCUUUUUUCAUCAAUGUAAAAAUACUAUUCUUACUUUGGAGUAUCUUUUGCUCUUCACUUUUUAUAUGCACUUGCCUUGAUGACUCUCUUUUGCCGAUUGCUUGCUCGUGUGCUGUUUCUAAAUAUUUAGCGUUGACUUUGUUUCCACUUUCAUUGCUUUAGCCUCAUAAGGAGGAUUAGCACAUCCACGAGUGUUCUUGAACCAAAUACUGAAUGUUUCCUUGGGUUUGAUGCUACGAACUCAGGCCGUCUCAUCAAAUCUCCAUCUGGCGUUUUCUGGUGGCAUUUUUACAAAAUAUUCUCACGGACUGAUGACACUAGCGCUAACAUGGAAGAAAUAUCUCGAAGAAAUGAGAUAUUUUGCUCGAAUUGUAGGUUGUCGCUUGCAAAGAAAGUAUAGUCAGAUACUUAAGCUGCAUUCUGGGGCACAAAGAUCCAAGAAAACAGCAAAAGUAGUCUCAAUAAUGAAUGAAGACCACCAAGCUUUCGUGAUUGGCAAGGCUGCCUCUAUCGAAAAGGCAUUUUCAUAUCCCAUCAAAACCAUAACUCUAGUCUUGCAACUCCUGAAGGUGUACUGUGACAAGGAGAUAAAGCUGUUCUUCUUAAUUUCGUGUGUAAGGAGCCAGAUCCAUAUAUAAAUCCACCAUCAGAAAAACGGCAGAUGGUGUAUUUUAUCUAUGAGAUGGCCUUAUUUCGCAGCAGAAGAUAGCCUUAUUGAAAAAAGUCAUGCACCUUCAGCACAUCGGUAGGACAUCUUGGAUAGCCUAUAUUGCCAAGAGAUUCUUCCGAUUUAAUGUAUCAUUCAAAUGCAGAUGCAGAGAAAUCAUUGUCCGGUCCGGUUCAAAGUGGGAGCAAGACUUUGCAACUUCGGAGGAAGAAGUGACUCACUCGGCAGAUAGUAACAACUUCUUUAUUUAAACUUUGGCUAUUGCGGUUGGCACAAAUUCAAUUUAAAUGAACUAAAUACUAAUUAUUUUGGUUGAAAAACAUAUGGAAGAAAAGCUUUUGCUGACAGCGAGCGUCAUAUUAAAACAAAAUUAUGCUAACGUAUCAUUUUAUGACAAUAAAAUAUUUGAUGACGUCAAGCAAAAUUUGUUAUGACGUCAUAAUGAAAAUACCUAUGUCGGUAAAUCUUGCUUAAAUAUAUAUCAUUUGAAAGCUUGCAAUGAGACGAGUCAAAAUAUGUAAAUUUCGUUAAAAAAUAACCCUUCAGUGAGGAGCUAACGAUGAUUUAUUCUGACUUUUUACCGUUAAAUGACGUAAUCAGUCACGUGACAUCCAGGCAUUUUCCAAAAAGUCACCUGGCAGAUUAUGAAAGCCUGAACUCCCUACUACCAGAAUCCAUUGAGAAAGCAAACAUUAGCUUGAAUGUCAGAUUGUCAGGCUAUAUGUCCUGUCUAAUAUUAUACAACUGAAAUGCGACAUUGAUUCAGACAAAGCAACCGUCAAAGCAUUUGACACUUCUGUCCCGGAUAUUGAAUACACAUAGGAUCUCAGGGGUUACAUUUAGAAAAGUACAUAUAAUGCAGGUUUAGAUCAGAUUUCUAUCCAGAACGGGCUAUUUCAAAUUGAAAUGUGAAAGAGAGGCUACAUUCAGAUUUUUCAUAGGAUCUUAUGGCAUACAUGUAGAAAAAUACGUAUAAUUCGAGUUUGAGAUAAGAUUUCUAUUGAGAACGGGAUAUUUCGGAUUGAGAAUAGAAAGAGAGGCUGAAUUCAGAUAUUUUAUAGGAUCUUAGGGGGUAAAUAUAGAAAAUAUAUGAAAAUGCUAAUUUUAAAUAAGAUUACCAUCCAGAACGGGAUAUUUCGAAUUGAGAAUAGAAAGAGAGGCUGAAUAGACCCCUUUCACAAUUACGUCAUGCGGUGUUUGAAAGAGAGACGAGCGCUUGGAGUCGAGGCAACUGAUGUAGUCGGCUGUGCGAACGUUCGGGCCUCUUUGGACAUCUACAGAGUCGAUUAUAUAUUUCUACGUUUAAGAAUUUUUUACGCCCGAUUUUUCAUUGAAAUGGAUGCAUUCAAAUUGUUGCUGCUGAAGGAAAAGAAAGUUGAUUGUUUAGAAGAUCUUGGCGCAUUGACUAUUAAAGAAUUGAAGCAUAUUCUUGUAGCAUACAGGGAGAAAACUUCCGGUGUCAAAGCCGACCUUAUUCUUCGUGCAUAUGCGGUCUUUUGUCGUGCAAAGAAUUUCAAUUCUCAAUCCAAUGACAUUUCAGAUGAGUCCUCCUUACUUUGUCACGAAAAUGAUUUCACAUUUGAGGCUAUUUAUGAUCAGUGCAAGCAUCUUCCUUGGACAGCUGACUUACGUGGAACACCUCCUUUUACUUUUCUGCAGCUCUAUGAAUAUUUGGUUAUUCGAACAUCAAAAUUCAAGCACAUCCUUCUUAAGAGUACUGCCUACAAGAAACUGAAAGCAUUUCAGUUUUUCUUUGAAGGCUUUAUAAAAAAGAUCGAUGUAGCUAAGAACAAGGAGUUUACUUUCUUCAAUGUUCGUGUCAAGGCAUCUAUGAAAAAGGUUCUCUAUAAAGUAAUUUUGAAGCAUUCAAAUAUUUCUGGUGAUGUUUGCUCUGCUGCCUGUUCUUGUCCUGCUGGCAUUGGUCUUGGUGGCUUUGGAAACUGCAACCAUGUUGGUGGAGUUCUCUUUGCCCUGGAAGAUUUUAACCGGCGUGGUCUUCAAGGAUUUGAAUCAGCAGUUUCCUGCACAUCAAAAUUAUCCUCAUGGAAUGUGCCAAAUGCCUCUUCCCUUCGGUCCUUUAAUCCAGCUCCAAUUGAUGAAGUCGUGAUAAAGAAGAUUAAGUUUGGAAGGAAUUAUGAUGGUUAUGAUGUUCCAAAAUCAAAAACAUUUGACCCUCGCAUUACCAGCCAUAGAACCGUAAACAUUAAUGAUCUUGAAAUUUUAAAAUCGAAAUUAACAAAAUUCAUGCCAAACAGUGGAUUCUUUGGUUUUUAUCCAGCUUCAACAUCUGAUCUUCCUCCUUCAAGUGACAGUGCUUUCACCAGUGCAACUGAUACUCAAGAUCCAUCUUUAGCUGAAGCAGUCUCUUUCAAUGAGUGCUUCGAUAUCUCCAAACAAUCUUUUAAAGAUAUGAUGGACAUUUAUUGUCAUAACCUAUCUUUGUCUGCUGAAGAAAUUUCUGACAUUGAGAAGGUGACCCGUGGUCAAUCCUCCAACAGCAAUUGGAUAGAUUAUCGCCUUUAUCGACUAACAGCCUCAAACUUCUACACUGCUGCCGUAAACACCGUUGAGCCAUCUUCAAAAAUAGAAUCCAUGUUUUACAAGUCUUUCUCAACCUUAGCAACCAGCCAUGGCAAGAAAUUUGAAGGACAUGCCAUUGAGCUCUACACAAUCUACAUGAAAGAGCAUGGCCUGAAUGUCAUUGUUUCUGAAACUGGCCUGCAAUUAUCUUCUUCUUCUCCUUUUCUUGGUGCAUCUUUGGAUGGCAUGGUUUCUUGUAAGAAUGAAAGAUGGGGUUUGGAAAUAAAAUGUCCAUUCUCAAAGUUCAAAACCUCUCUUCAGGAUGCAUUUAAAGACAAGAAGUUCUUCUUGGAGAAUAAUGGUGGCACUAUCAAGCUCAAAUGCAAACAUCAAUACUAUUAUCAAGUUCAAGGCCAAAUGUUUUGUGCUGAUUUGAAACGUAUUGAUUUUGUUGUUUGGUUUGGUGGUAGUGAACCAUUGUUUGUGGAGUCAAUACAAUAUGAUGAAGAAUUUGUUUUAUCAUACAUGCUACCAAGGCUUCACUUCUUUUACUGCAGAGCAAUUCUUCCUGAAUUUUUCACUAAGCGAGUGAAACGUGAAUUCAAAUUAUAUUUACAUGGAAAUUGGACAAACUUUGAUAAAUCCAAAUAAUUUUUGUUAUUAUUAAGAUAUACACACACAAAAUAAAUCCUCUUUGUAAUAAUGUUCAGUAUCAUUGGCUAAACAUAAUAAUUUCUGAAAGCCUUUUAAUAAGUUUUUAUAAGUUAAAUAUGUAUUCAAGUAAACAUUGUGUAUGCUCUAAAGAAUUGGUUAUGUGUUUAAUCUUUACAUAAUAUCAUUGUAUACUAUACAUACAGAAUAGAUGUAACAUUGUGUAUGCUUAAAAGAAUUGGUAUGUGUUUAAUCUUUACAUAAUAUCAUUGUAUACUAUACAUACAGAAUAGAUGUAACAUUUUGUAUGCUCUAAAGUAUUGGUAUGUGUUUAAUCUUUACAUAAUAUCAUUGUAUACUAUACAUACAGAAUAGAUGUAACAUUUUGUAUGCUCUAAAGUAUUGGUAUGUGUUUAAUCUUUACAUAAUAUCAUUGUAUUCUAUACAUACAGAAUAGAUGUAACAUUGUGUAUGCUUAAAAGAAUUAGUAUGUGUUUAAUCUUUACAUAAUAUCAUUGUAUACUAUACAUACAGAAUAGAUGUAACAUUGUGUAUGCUUAAAAGAAUUGGUAUGUAUUUAAUCUUUACAUAAUAUCAUUGUAUACUAUACAUACAGAAUAGAUGUAACAUUUUGUAUGCUCUAAAGUAUUGGUAUGUGUUUAAUCUUUACAUAAUAUCAUUGUAUUCUAUACAUACAGAAUAGAUGUAACAUUGUGUAUGCUUAAAAGAAUUGGUAUGUGUUUAAUCUUUUCAUAAUAUCAUUGUAUACUAUACAUACAGAAUAGAUGUAACAUGGCUAAAACAAACAUAGAUAGAUGUAAAGAAAGUUUAUAAAUAUAUAUAUAUUUAUAGCACAGUCCCAGACAUGGUCCGAAUACAAGCACCAUAAUACAUGGAAAGUUUUAAUUGGCAUAUCACCCUCUGGCCUAAUUACCUUUGUCUCAAAGUUAUGGUCUGGUAAGGUUUCUGAUAAAGAAAUCACUCUUAAGUCAGGUGUUCUAGCCCUUUUUGAGGAUGGUGAUAACCUUAUGGCUGACCGUGGCUUUGAUGUCAAAGAUAUUCUUCCUCCUGGAGUGACUCUAAACAUUCCACCUUUCAAGGGUACAAGAGCACAACUGACAGCGAAUGAGACAGAAGAAACUGCUCGCAUUGCUCCCUUACGAUAUCGCAUUGCGUCCUUGUAAGGGAGUAUUAC